AUGGCCCCUCCUCCCGCUGCUGGUGUAUGGUGUCCUGCAGUAACCUUCUACGACACCACGACCGCUCACCUGGACCUUGACGCCCAGAGGAAGUACUUCUCCUACUUGGCCAAAUCCGGCCUAACAGGUCUCGUAAUCCUUGGAUCCAACGCUGAGGCCUUUUUGCUCACGCGCGAUGAGAAGAUCGCUUUGGUGAAGGCUGCACGCGAAGCAGUUGGACCAAACUACCCCUUGAUGGUCGGCGUCAGCGGUUUCUCCCUUGCUCAAGUGCUUGAAAAUAUCAAAGAUGCGGUCGCGGCAGGUGCAAAUUACGGCCUGUUAUUGCCAGCUGCUUACUACGGCGCUGCGACCUCCAAAGAAGUAGUAGUGGGCUUCUACGACGAAGUCGCGCAAAAGGGCGAUCUACCAAUUGUCAUAUACAACUUUCCUGGUAUAUGCAAUGGCGUGGAUCUGGAUUCCGUCACCAUCGCCGACCUUGCGAAACGUAACCCGGGCAAGAUUGUGGGAGUCAAGCUGACUUGCGGAUCCGUGGCGAAAAUCACCCGUCUAUGUGCAGAGCUACCUUCUGACAAAUUCUCAACCUAUGCUGGACAGGCUGACUGGCUGGUGGCUGGUCUUGCGGUUGGAAGUGCAGGCUGUGUUUCGGCGUUCAGCAACGUGUUCCCCAAAGUCUGCUCAAAAGUCUACGAAUUAUACACGAAUGGCAAGACACAAGAGGCUCUGGAAUUGCAUCGAAAAGCCGCACUAGCUGAGAGCCCUAUCAAAGCUGGUAUUGCGCCCACGAAGCACGCUGUAAGCCAGUACAGCGCGAGGCUAGCUGGAAUAGAGGGCGCGGAAGACAAGCUGAAGCCGAGACGACCAUACCUACCCGUCAGUGAUGCUAUCAAAACGAGUGUCAAGAACGCAAUGGAUGAGCUGGCGGCAAUCGAAGAAUCUUUGUGA